AUGGGGGGCAUCUCUCCCUGGGAAAACGCCAAGCUCAAGGUGGUGGGCCCGGAGGUGCUUCAAAGGCAGCACAGGGCCGUGGUCUGGGUCCCGGGGUCUCCCGAUGAACCGGCCGCGGUCCUGGAGCGGCUAGAGAGGCAGAAUCCUGGGCUCAGCACCGGGAGCUGGAAAAUCAUGGCUGAGAACGUAGGGGCUACCAGGGAUGGUAGGAACCUGGUCGUCAGGAUUCCAGAGUCCAGCGUCCUCAAGCUGAAGGCGCUGGACUUCAAGCCCUACCUCGGGCUCGACCAAGUCACCUUCAAGGUGAGCGGGACCCAAGGUGGGGAUAGGGAGGGCGAGAAGGGGCCCCCUAUGGACGAAUCCAAAGGGGCCUCGGCGAUUCUGUCAAGGAAACAAGCUGCGGUGCACACAGCCAUCUCACUGAUACAAGAGCCUUGGCUUGUCCGGGGCCACAUCAGUGGCGUGGCAGCAUGCGGGAGGUUAUUUAAGCCUCCAAUAGCCGAAAAGCCCAGAGCCUGCGUUGCGGUGAAGGGCGUUGACGCUCGACUAAUCCCGCAUUUAUGUUCCAGAGAUGUGGUGGCGGUCGAGCUCGAUGUCGCCGAUUCCCUGGGAAGCAGGAGGAGGGUGGUGGUGUGCUCCGCGUAUUUUCCCCAUGAUGAGGGGGCCCCACCGCCGCCGGAACCGGUGAUCAGACUGGUAGAGUACUGCCAGAGGGAGCGGCUUCCCCUGAUAGUGGGUUGCGAUGCUAACUCGCACCACACGGUCUGGGGUAGCACGGAUACCAACGAUAGAGGUAGGAAGCUGUUAGAAUUUCUAGCGUCGACGGACCUGGAGAUUCUCAACAGAGGUAACGAGCCCACCUUUUGCACGGCGGGCUUCCCAAGGAGGCACGGGACCGAGAAGGAACUGGAGCUCUGCGUGGAUCAUCUGCAGAGGGCUCUGGUGGAGAGCUAUGAAAGGAACUGCCCAGAAAGGGCGGUCAAGAAUUCCAGAGGCAACUCCUGGUGGAGUCCCAAGCUGCAGGAGCUCAGAAAUGCGGCUCGGAGGGCCUGGAAUAGGGCCAGGAACACGGGCCGCCAGUCGGACUGGGAACUUCACAGAAGGGCCCAGAAAGACUACAGAGACUCCGUGGUAAGGGCAAAGAAAAAGAGCUGGAAAGAGUUCUGCGAGUCGGUAGAGGGCGUGCCCGAGACCGCAAGACUAUGCAGGAUUCUAGCCAGAAAUCCAGACGCCGUCCUGGACUCCAUUAGUCUCCCCGAUGGGACAUUGGUGACCGGGGAGCGAUGUCUGGUGCAUCUGCUGGAGGCCAGCUUUCCGGGCUUCCGCAGAGAGCACGGUGAACUGUUUGCCUAUGAUGCGGUGGGCUCGCGCAGGGCUCGCAAGGCGGACUGGGGACUAGCGACCAAUAUUGUCAAGCCCGGAAAAGUGAGAUGGGCGUUAAACACCUUCAAACCCUUCAAGUCGGCGGGGCCAGAUCAAAUAUUUCCGGCUCUUCUACAGGAGGGGCUGGAGCUGGUCGUGGGACCUCUGACAAGGACUUUGAGGGCCUGUUUGGCUCUGGGCCAUACGCCUAGCGCUUGGAAACUAGCGAGAGUGGUAUUCAUCCCAAAAGCGGGAAGAGUGAGCUACUCCUCUGCUAAAGACUUCAGACCGAUAAGUCUGACUUCGUUUCUCCUGAAGACUCUGGAGAAAUUGGUAGAUGCGUAUGUAAGGGACGUUGUCCUCCUGCGGCGUCCCUUGCACUGCGCGCAGCACGCGUACCGCAUGGGCUACUCCACGGAGACGGCUCUUCAUGCGACUGUGUCGUUCAUUGAGGAGUAA